AGAAUGAGCAAGACUGUUGCCUUAAAAAGUAUGAAACUCUUUUGCAAGACAUUGACAGCUGUAUUUAGAGAUGAGUAUCUUAGAAGGCCGAAUCAAGCAGAUACAGAUUGGAUACUGGCAGUUGGUGCCAAAAGAGAGUUCCAAGAGAUGCUAGGAUCUAUAGACUGUAUGCAU